AUGAAGACAAAUCGAAGAUGCAGAGCCCUGCUAGCAGUGAGUCUGAAUCUGAUGGCUCUCCUCUUCUCUACAACAGCUUUUAUCACGACCCACUGGUGUGAGGGCACGCAGAGGGUCCCCAAGCCGAGCUGUGGGAAAGAGAAGAAGACAAACUGCCUCAACUACAGUGGGAAUGAGACUGCCAAUGAGACAAACCAGAAUGUGGUUCAUUACAGCUGGGAGACGGGAGAUGACCGCUUCCUUUUCAGGUAUUUCCACACUGGGAUCUGGUACUCCUGUGAGGAAAAUAUCAAUGCUGCUGGUGAGAAAUGUCGAAGUUUUAUUGACCUUGCUCCGGCUUCUGAAAAAGGUGUCCUAUGGUUGUCAGUAGUAUCUGAGGUGUUAUACAUCAUGCUGUUAGUCGUCGGUUUCAGCCUUAUGUGCCUCGAGCUCUUUCAUUCAAGCAGUGUAAUAGAUGGGCUCAAGUUAAAUGCCUUUGCUGCUGUCUUCACCGUGCUUUCAGGUCUCUUGGGGAUGGUGGCACACAUGAUGUAUACUCAAGUGUUCCAAGUGACAGUCAGCCUCGGGCCAGAGGACUGGAGGCCACAUUCAUGGGACUAUGGAUGGUCCUUCUGGGCUUCACAACACCCAGCUCUAAAUGUCACUAGCACACAGAGGAACAGGAGUGACCAUAAUACUCAGAAAAUACCCCCAUUUGCUAUGUCAAGCUCUUCUAGCAACAUAUCAAGCAGCUCUUCACUUUCAUCAGAACCAACAUGCCAGAUCUCCACGGUUCAGGAUCAAGCCCAGCUGGACAUUGUUUCCAUCUCUAGGUUGGCCCCAGGAGAAUCACCAAGCCCUCAACCAUUUGAGCAAAGAAAAAAAAGCUUAGCAAUAUCAUGUUCCAGCCAACUCAGUACAAGGACUCCUCCAGCAUCUUGCCCAGCCAGCCCCAGGCUCAGUCUAACACCCAGCUCAGCCAAGCCUUGGCAAUACUCGGACUCCUCUCAGGCCAGUCCAGGGACCAAUGCUGCUUCCUUCUAUGCCCUCUGUCCUCAAACAGCACACAGCUUGGAAGCUUCAGCAUCAGAUUAUACAUUGACCCCAACCAGGAAAAGCACAAGGCCUCCAACAACGACUCCUGAAGAUAGUUCCCAAUCUCCUGGCUCUUUUAAAACUGGAUUAAGAACUAUAGGAAAGGGGUUUCAAUCACAUCUGGAAGAUCCUGAUCAUGAAAGGAGAUUUGUAACCACAGAGGAAUUCCAAGCCAUGGAGAAAGAACUAGAAGAUGUAAAAGAUGAACUGAAAUGCUUGAAGUGGAAAGUGAGACACAUUGGUGAGACUGUGCAGCCCUUGGCAGAAGACAGCAAGCGCUACAACGGCUACACCCUGACAGAGCUCAAGGCAAUGGUGCAAUCUGAGGAAGAUCCUUACAAAGCUGCACACAAAAUCCUGACUGCACUCUUCAGUGACGUGUACUUGCUGCAGCACUCGGCCACCGAACAGGCAAGCAACGCCAGGUCUCUGCCCAGGCCCCAAAUAGACCCAGAGUUGUACACAGUGUAUUGUGACAUUCUGAAAAGCAUAUUCCCUGGAAUUAGCAGCCAGACCUUGAGGGAACAGACACAACACGUGCAGAAAAGCACCCAGAAAGAAGCGCAAUAACAUCAGAGCCCACAAAACCUUCUGCAAAGUGAGAAGUCCCUUAUGACUUUUGAGCAGUGGACUGCGGCGUGUACUGCUGGUUGAGUCUAUCCCUUCUAGGAACGAAUCAUUGUAACACCUUGGUGAGCUCUGAGCCCUUCACAUCACCUGAUGAGACAGGGUGGGAAGACAUUCUGCAUACUUACCACAUUUUAGAGAAAAAUGCCCCCUUAGAGUCUCUUUCUAUCUUUCAAUAUUUGGAUGUUUCCUUGUUUCCAGCAACUACAAAUGCUGCCAAAAGAAUUGAAACAAGGCAUCGUGUGCUCAAGCAAGGGCCUCCCCAACCCCAAACAGACCUACCAACCAACCAGCAUCUGGGUAGUUUCUAUUUUCUAGACUACACCAUUCAUUAAAUGACAUUACUUGUUAGAAAA